AUGGCUCGAAAAACCAUCGAUCAGAAGCGUGUGAUCGUUACCGAGGCCUACUCUAAACCCCGCAACAUCAAGGCCACUGCCCGCAAGUACAGCAUCCAGCCACAGCACAUCCGUCGCUGGCGCGGCCAGAUCCUCAGAUUCGAUGCCAACACUGGUCCCAACCGACCCUUUCGCUACCACACCCUCUGUCCUGCGUCGUUCCAGUCUCCGGCCGGAUCCGAUUCCCAGGCAUGCUCGGCCUCGGCGUCGCCCUCGCCCACUUUGGAUGUCGCUCCGCACGAAGACUCGGCGAGCGACUCUAGCGUCUCAGAAGCCGAUCCGACCAGGCUGCCCGACUAUCACGGAUGGCCUGUGGUCUCCCAAGCUGGCCUGGCCGCCUUCAAUGCGCCUCUUGUCGACACGGGCCUCUCCACUACUCCAUCGAGCGACUACUCGUUCGGACCGGCUGCUUGCCCACAGCUGCAAUUUUCCAAUCGAGCCUCGACGGAUCAAACCCCCAACAUCUUCUUCCCAGCCUCUGCCUAUACCGACAACUCCUACACAGACAACUCCUUCGCCUCAACUGCCUCGUUUCCUGCCAUUCCAUCGUUCCUGCCGGUCACUUCAUUCCAGCCACCUUCAUUUCAAGCCUCCCCGUUCCCAGCAACGCCGUCGUUCCCAGCCAGCUCUCCGUUCUCAACAAACACAGCCGCUCCGGCCUGCUCGCCCUUCGCCUCCACACCGUCCAGGCCAUCCAUGUCCCCCUACCAAGCGAGCUCACCGCUGCCGGAGACGCCUCUCCUGCCGAGUGUCCCGCAGACCCUCGUCGGUACCAUGCCCAUCCUAUCCACGACACUCGGCCCGCAACCAAGCGUCGUCCUGGCCGCCUGUCCUCCGUUUCAGCCCGACGGCCCGACGCUCGCGGUCACCACUACCGGCCACAACUUCCCAAACCUCUUCGUGGAAUCAAUAUCGGCGCCCACGACGGCUACCAUCAUGUUUCGCGGCCUCGAAGAUGCCGCUGCGUUGUACCAGUCCAAUGUGACUUAUCGCCUUGCACAGCCCGACGAUGCCUUCUCGCCUCUACCACCUGAUUCUCGGUCUAUGCUGCCCUACUCGUACUCACAGGCUUACAGCCCUGUCGGCCUCGCUACUGAGCCUCGCCUGUCCAUCAGCUCGCCCGAGAUAGUCUCUCCCACCAGCGCGGCUGCAUAUGAUACCCCUGCGACAUCGCGACCAUGGUGAGCUCCGAUCCGGUUAACCAAUCUUGCCAAACCAGAGAUGCCCAAGCCCAAGCCCAAGCCCUGUGGAGGGCGUCUUGUCCAGCAGAGCGUCGUCCUCCUUGGUGUGUGUGGUGUACCGCCAUAGCAGAGGCUCUCUCAUAGCGUCCUCCUUCCUGGAGCAAAGCAAAUCCCUUUAGUCGCUUGAUGCUGAUUGUGUUGGGCAUCGUCUGGCAUUUCGGUCCUCUUCUUAGCACAGUGCGCUCGCUGUGCCGGACCUUUUGUCGAGCCUCAGAUAGCCUGGCCCAGGUGGCCCCCUGUCUAGUUCGCCGCUUUGGCCAUUCCCACGAUUGACUUGGCUGUCCUGACCCUUCCCCCAUCCCUCAUCACAGCUUAUGCUGUUUCAUUCCUCCCAUCCCGGCCUCUGUUCGAGCCGAAAGACGAAU